AUGCGCCACGAGCCACUGCCAACCAAGCUUGACGAAGCGGCGGUUCGAGACCGCUCUGUCGGCAAGAGGGGCCAGUUCCCGCCGCGGUCCGUGCCGAUGCACUCGACCUUACCAGACUGUCGAGGCAUGACAUUCAAGGAAAAGGACGAGCUGGGCCAUCGGUCGUUUGUCCGGCGGCUGCGAGAAGGCCAUGUGCGGAUCACGAUGAUGCCGCACAGCCACACGGGCUACGAACGCAUGCGCGUGCGCAUGGACGUCGAAGAGACAGCUCUGUCGUGGACUCGUACCGCCUCCGACACGGCUUCGGACGACGACACGAUGGUGCUGGACUCGGUCGUUUCCAUCGUCCCUUGGAAGCGAAUGCACUCGUCAAGGAUGCCGACCAAGGCCGAGCUGCGCAUGGGGCACCACGGAGUCUAUCAUGGUGUCAGUGUCGCAUACAACAACGCCGACGCUCGCCACGUGAUCCUGCUCUGUCAUGGCGAGGGCGAGCAAGCGCAGUUGGUUGCAGCCGUUCGAUCGCUCGUCCAUGCAGCUCUCAUGCGUGGGGUCGUUGGACCUGGUAGCGUGUUGUCGGGCCCGAGACGAGAAGAAGCUGAUGCCCCACAUGAGACCAAGGACGUGCCACGCACCAAGACAGCGUCGGCGACAGAACGAGUCCGCCGAACCAUCGAAACGAUGGGCCACCGCUUGGCUACGUAUGCCAAGUCGAGCCUUACCUCCUUGAGACGGAACGGAACGGCAAUGUAA